UUUGCUCAUGUGACACAAAUAUCAACGAAAACGCCAUGUUAUGUAUUUCUGGUAAUUUGUCAUAUCCAAUAUUGUAUUAGAACAACAGCAUUGAUGGAACAGAAGAGGCAAAUUUGAUUCACGGGACGAUUUUAUCUCAUCUAGAACUUUAUGGUCUGCCAUGGCUGGUGCCAGUUCUGGUGGAGGACGUAAUUACUCGUUCAAAGUGGUAUUACUCGGAGAAGGAUGUGUAGGAAAAACGUCACUUGUUUUACGAUACAUCGAGAACAAAUUUAACGACAAACAUUUAACCACAUUACAGGCUUCCUUCCUAAAUAAGAAAUUGAAUAUUGGAGGGAAGAGAGUGAAUUUAUCAAUAUGGGAUACUGCAGGGCAGGAAAGAUUCCAUGCCCUGGGACCAAUAUAUUACAGAGACAGUAAUGGAGCCAUUCUGGUUUACGACAUUACAGACGAAGAUUCCUUCCAGAAGGUGAAGAAUUGGGUGAAAGAACUGAGGCGAAUGCUGGGAAAUGAUAUAAAUUUAUGUAUAGCCGGUAACAAAAUAGAUUUAGAAAAGGAGCGACAUGUAUCUGUGGCAGAGGCUGAGGCGUAUGCAACGUCAGUUGGAGCACAGCAUUUUCACACUUCGGCCAAGCUUAACAAAGGUAUUGAGGAGCUGUUCCUUGAUUUAAGUAAAGCUAUGAUACAGAGAGCCGGAGAGGAUAGCCAGAAGAACUCGAAGAGUAGCAGAAAGAGUGUGUUGGUUGUUGAUGACGACGAGCCACAACCCCAGUCUAGUGGGGGUUGUUGUGGGUAACUGUCACCAGGGAGGGACUGCCAUUGUAGUUGCACAGUACAACAUAUUGUCUUUGAGAACCUGAAGUGCAUCGCCAUUUUCCACACUGAAUGAUAUGAUAUGGCCUAAAGGAACAUUUACGAGGAAGGUUUUUGUGGCCUGUCCUUCAAUGCUCUCAAAAAUAUCUGGAAAAGUGAUGUAGACUUUGAGUUUGGAAGCAAUUACAUAUCAAAUGAAGAUUAAGCCUUCGGAUAUUGUGAACAAGUGUUAUUCUUGCAUUUUUUCAUGGACAAUCUUCAAUUUGAUUAGUGUUGAAUUUGUGCUCUAUAGUUAUUAAAGGUCUGGCCGCUGCUAUGUAGAAUUCACAUCCUGUGAAAUACAAUAAUUACCAUUAAAUGACCCCAUAUAUAUUAAUCUGACUAAAAUUUGAUAAAUUGGAUGGACACAGAUUUCUUAUGAAGCAUGAGUUAUCUGCUUUAUACUUGUGAUGAGGUUGAAUUGUUACUUACCUGAGAUCAGUGUACCGUAGUACAGGACAAUCCCUUAUCGUGGUAUUUAUAUAGAGAAUACAUGGUCAGUGUCUUAAAAUAUAAGCUGUAUUUUGGCGAGGGUAAAGAAAGACAAAAGUGGCGAGCCUUGGCGAGCUAC